AUGUCUCUCGGCGGGCUCGUUUUCAAGGUACAGCAUUUGCGGCAGGCAAACGAAGAACGCUGCUCUAACCCAAGCAUUCGGCGAGAGUGGCGAACGCUCUCCAAUCCAGAGAAGCUGGCAUACAUUGACGCCGUGAAAUGUCUUCAUCAAUCUCCAUCUCGUCUUCGACAGAAUGCUUCUAGUCUGGACGACUUCCCAUGGACGCAUCAGCAUGUUGGAUACGUUGCACACGACUCUGCAUCUUUCUUCUCCUGGCACCGGUACUUCGUUCAGAUCUUUGAAGACACGUUGAGGUCGGCGUGUGCGUACGAGGGCUCCUUGCCCUAUUGGGACUGGACGUUGGACUGGCAAGACCCCUUCUCGUCUCCAGUCUUCGACACAAUGACUGGCUUCGGAGGCGACGGAGAUCGUCAGCAGCCUUCAGCGACUGGUGUCGGGUAUUGCUUGACAGAGGGCCCACUGGCAGGUUCCACUUCUCGAUAUUGGGAUAUGAAAGAACAGCUGCACUGCCUGGCACGAAAUUUGUCGGCUCCGAGCGAGGCCAACUGGAGAAGGAACAGACCCGAUCUGAUCGAACGCAUGCUGGAUCAUAAAGACUACUUCGACUUCCUCCUCUUAGUUGAGCAUGGACCGCACAACACUGUUCCAAACGCCAUCGGAGGAGAUUUUGCCCGCUUUGUAGCACCAGCAGAGCCACUAUUCUUUCUUCACCACGGCCAACUGGAUCGCAUGUGGUGGAUCUGGCAGCAGAAGUCAGCCAAGAACCGUCAAGCCUAUUCUGGUCCAGCUUCGUCCAGAUCGAAUGCUACCGCAUCGCUGACGGAUGUUCUGCCUCUCCGUGGAUUGGCACGCGAUCCGUUGGUUGAAGAAAUCAUCGACACGGAAAAGGGGCUUCUGUGCUACAAAUACGAUCGGACGACAUUCGGCAGUCUGUAA